AUGAUCAAGAAUAUUAAAAACAUCAUGAAAGAAAUCGAAACUCCCAAAGGAAGGAACAAAUCUCUCAGUAUUUUAUUUAAAAAGGAUACUAAAUAAAAACAUUGGGCUUAAGAAACGAGUGAUUAAAACUCCUCAAACUAAGAUUGGUCUCAGCAAGAGAGCCAUCAACAGAAGGAACCUCAACUUUCAGAUAAGAGAAAGGAACAAAUUAAAGUUCAAAAUUUCUUCAAAUUCUAAGAAGUCCCUUCAUAAGAAUUCAAAAAGUAGAAUAGUCAACGAGCGGAGCACUCCAAACCUAUCCAAUUCUAAGGAAAUAUUUGAGGUAAUUUCUAGACUUUUCAUCAACAAUUAUACAACAAAAGUACUAAGAUGACUCCAAAGAAAGAACUUCGUAAAAGAUCUCCUUGAGCAGGCUCCAAAAAAAUCUGGCUACAGAAGAUGAACCACAAAAGCCUCUGUUCUAGACAAUAGCAUGUACAAGAUCCCGAAAAAGACACCUCAUAACGAUUAUGGUUCGAAUAAUUUUCCACAGCCCUCCACUAGGAGGGAUAAGAUUAAGUGGGCAGCCAGGAAAGGAACCUCAUGUUCUAAGGUCAGGAAGUUACUUCAAAAGAAGUACUUCAAUAAUUCUCAAAAAAUGAAACGAGGCCAAGCUGUCUUCCCCUGUACUACACUGACGACCUUGCAAACUCAAUCUGAAGCUAGACUCAUAACGGAAGGACCACAGUUUCACUCUCUCCUUCGAAGUAAAUCUUAAUGAUGAAAUUACUAUGUUCCCUGGUAACUGAGACUUGAAAGCCAAUAUAAGUCACAGACUGGCCUUCUGUAGCUUUA